AUGGUGUUCAUAGUUGAGACGUUCCUGCAGAACGGGUACUCGAAGGAGUAUGGAGCAGCAGCUGCAGACAUGACUGAUGACUUGAUAGUGAUAGGUCCAAGCACCAUGCCGCAACAAGGUGAUAAAGAGCUUGGUGUUUCACCUGUCAAGAAGAAAAAGAAGACCAGGAAUGAGAGUACCCGUGUGGAUGUAUAUCAUGGAAAACCAAAUCUUUCCCCAAUUUCUGCGAAGAAGGCUGUAUCGCAGAAGAAACUUGUCUGCACCAUGCCUUGUCAUUCACUCACAAAGCGGGUUACUGGCUUUGAUCUUACGCGCCUAUUUGUGAGCACUUAUGAUUCCUGCAACUGUGUUUAG